AAACUGAUAAGAACAGAUACUACACUUGAUCUUAGCCAAAAGGCCGAGAAGCGAUACUUACCGAAAAAAAAGGGACAGAGGUGAUUCUGGACGCAACAAACUAAAGUGACGGUUACACUCACGCCAAACAUCACCGUCAAGCAUCAGUACGCCAAACAACAACCAUACACAUUAUAACUAAUAAAAUGUGCAAGGACGUUGGUUUUCGUACUUUAGAUGACUGAAAUCUUUGCGAAUUGCUUGUUUUGUCAAGAUCACGUGGUUCCCAUUGGUCCAAUAGGAAGGGGCGGUAAACAUUUCAUACAACCGCAUCAAAGGAGUCUUAUACGCCCAACAAAAACAAUGAACAGUCAAUACAAAACACAAACGUUGGUCUUACAAUGUUGCAAAAAGCAAAGUAGCCGCGCGGUUAACAUUUAAUACAAGUACCGAGACCGCCAAGUCAUACUACUUCCGGUUUCUUACUCAUUCCACCCCGACAGUAACGCGACCGCCACCCAGUGAUGCGGAGUAUCAACUACAUUAAAAUGACAUAUAAAACACACACAGUACAACAAAGUUCGUACAACAGAAGCACGUAGCAGUUAUUGGGCUAACGUGGAGUGGAGGAUCCACAGAAAGAUGAGUGGUGAAAUACAUCACGUCAAUUCGUCAGGUAUGCGUUGAUUGUUAAAGCAAAACAGGAGAGUCUAGUCAACAAAAUGUUCUGCGCUAUUGAUAAAAGGUAAGCAAGGGCGACAUCUAGCCUCGAAUACUGCAAACUACAUCAAGUGGUCAUACAAACCCCACAGUAUUUUUUGCUGAAAGUUGAAAUACGUGCAAUUUACGGUAAACUAUUUAAACAUGAGUUAACAGGUGUGCUUAAUAUGCUAAAAGUGAGUUAAAACGCCCGCGGCUUUGCUUAAAAUGCGUAAAAUAUGUCAUAAGCCAACCCGGCAGUCGUAGGCUCUGAGUAGUACGAGCGCUCACUCUGUAUUUAUUUCCAAUAGAAGAAAGGCGUUUCAGCUACGACGAGAAACUUAUGUAAGUGUGAUACAUCUUCUGCAUAGACGAUUGUUUUGGAUGCAUGAUUUGUGCGCCAAACUCAGUUGGGAAAGAACGGAAGAGACAGAGGACGAGAAGGAAAUGAGUAAAAAGGAUAACGGUGCUGCGGUCAUCCUGGCCUACCUGAAUGCCAAGAACCGUCCUUACAGCGCCCAGGAUGUCUUCUGUAAUUUACAAAAGCAGCAUGGAUUGGGCAAAACGGCAGUGGUCAAAGCCAUGGAGCUGCUGGUCCUGGAAGGCAAGAUAAAGGAGAAGACUUACGGCAAACAGAAGAUUUACUUUGCUGAUCAGGCUCAGUUUAAAGAUGUGAGUGAUGCAGACCUGAAGGCAAUGGACUGUCGCAUCUCAGCGCUCAAUGAGGAGGUGCAGGCCCUCAGCCAGAGUUGCAGACAGCUGGAUGCAGAACUGAAGGAGCUCAACAGCAGCCUUACCACAGAAGAAAUGAUGUCAGAGAUGGGGAGGCUGAAAGAAGAGUGUUCAUCAAGCCGCGAGCGCCUGAAGAAUAUAAAGUCCGCCAGCAAUCACGUCACACCAGAGGAAAAAGAGAAGGUUGUGAAAGAACACAACAUUUAUGUGAGAGAGUGGCGCAAGAGGAAGCGACUGGCUUCAGACAUGAUGGACACAAUCCUGGAGGGAUACCCCAAGAGCAAGAAGGAAUUUCUGGAGGAGGUUGGUGUGGAGACAGAUGAGGACUGUAAGGUGGUAGUGCCGACUGUCUGAUGUAAUGUUAUGUAAAAGUACCAAUCACUGUUGGACCUUGAAUGAUUUAGUUGGUACAGUUUAUUUCAAUUCCUCUUACUGACAGAUAUCGUUCAGAUGAAGCAUUCAGUACUACUUCCACCUUAUUAAAUGUUCAGGACAGGUUGACUUGGUCAAUGGCAUAUUUAUUUAACCAGGAGAGACGUCCUGCAGUACACAGAAAACACAUACAGCACAUACAGUGUCAAGCGGCAAGAGAAGAAUAAUUUAGCAAAUAUAAAAGGUAUGCCAAAUGGACAGAUGUGCAAGCAGAUGAGCUUCUGUUGGUGUUUUUAAACGUGUCUAAUUAUAUAAAUAUUAAAAUACAGAAAUGUUUCACCCCCAUUAUUGCAGGUCUUUAGAACAGACAGUAAAACUAAAUUGCCAAACAAGUCUAGUAAAAGGCAGAAUUUUGGCUGAAGGAACGGAUGAGGGGCCAAAAGAUACAGAAAUUGGCACUGGUUGGUGCCAUUUCACUACUCAAGCACUCCUGAGUUUGACGCAAUUGAGCAAGGCACUAAACAGUUCUUUCAUGUGCACUCGACCCUGUAAAUAUGAAAAUGUGUUUUAACUCCAACUAGUAAGAGGCUAUGUAUUGAUAUACUGUAUAGAAAUAGGAGCAGUCAUAGGACAGACUCCUGAGGCACACCAGAAGUUAAAAAGGGGAAAUGGAGGCUAAACUUUCUGCCUGAGCACUUUGUUUAUCAAGUUUAUUACACCUACUUGUCGGCAUUAUCUAGAAGGGAGAGGCUUUUAAAUAAAAUACAUUUAUGAUGAGUGUGGCUGUGUUGUUGGUCAAUACAAUCAUCGGUUACCUAAUGUAUAGAGCAGGGGUAGGAAACCUCUUUGUCUCAGAGCCAUGAAAGCCACAUAUUCUAAAAUGUAUUUCCGUGAGAGCCAUAUGUUUUAACACUGAAUACAACUAAAUGUGUGUGUUUGUAAGAAAGACCGAUUUUAGAAUAUAAAUCUAUAAGUCUACUGAAGCUAACCAAUAAUAAAUUAAAUACUUAUUACCAUUAAUGCGACUUUUGGUGCUGCAUGGUUUUGCGCCAUACGCCGUAUCUUUUUGCCAUAUUCUUCGUGAAAAGGACGAAGAAUAUGUUAUAUGGCAAAAACGAUUGACUAUUUGACUAAAAGGAGGGAAGUUUACUUCUUGACCUCUCAAUAACCCGAGUAGGCUCCACAUUAUCCAGUAAUGGAGUUUUGGUGUCUAACCCGGAAAAAUAUUGGAAGGGCAGCUGGCAUUUUCUGUGGCCACAUGCACUGUGGUAGAAGAUGGAUGGAUGGAUUCAAAUACAUAAGAAUGUUUUAUAUUUUGAAUGUUAUUUUUAACACUGAUUUCUGUAAUGUUGUACUUUGAAAUGUACUGUAAGCAAAAAAUUUUUAAAUAAGUACCGGUAAAUGUUAUCAUGCUAAGAAAUGUCAGAGAGUCAUCAAAAGAGUCAUAUGGCUCCUGAGCCAUAGGUUCCCUACCCCUGGUAUAGAGUUGCUAUUACAGUGCGCUAUUUUGUUGCUCUCCUUUACCAGUCUGGUGAUUACUGAUGUUCUAGCAUUCGGCCAAAGACUGACAACUCACCAGUAGGUUUUCAUACACACAACAUGCACGCUGCCCGUGCUGUCAUCUAUUUACAAACAAACGUUCUAUGCUGGCUUUACAGCGCUUUGAGAACCCCGUCUUGGUAACAACUGCUACUAAUAAAAAAUGAGUCGCCCCAAAAGGGACUGAAAGAACACUUUCCACAUCCUGGUGCAACACCUGCAUUACAAAUAUAGUAUGUCAUAGAAAACCUGGAUAGCGAUCGCUGCAGCAAUGACUUGGUUUUACUCCACAGCAAUUGACUUAACACGGACAGUGUGUGCGUCCUGUCGAUUAUACACUCACUGGCCACAAUAUUAGGCACACCUGCGCAAUUUAGCAUCAGAAACUCACAAACACUGUGAGUCUCCAACCCUGAGAGAGAAACCCGCACACACACUAUUACACAUGUUGCUCUUAAAAACAUGAUGGCAGUAUUAAAACAUUAAAAGAAGGCCAGCGUUGAUGUUGUGUCUGUCUGCUGGCUUUUAUAAAGUCCACGCUACAUUAUAAAACCUACCUGACACUUCCAACACAUUACAAUAUCAAACACCAGCUUAUGUCAAAAUGAGACAAACGUGGCUAAAAUAUACACUUAUGUACGAUGUACCAUUGCGACUUCAGACCCACGUCGUCCAGCGGCGGUGGAGACACCCAAAGUCCCAAAAGCCAGCGUCAGUAGAGCUGACCACUGAGCUGUCUCAGCACACUGAUGACAAAAUUCCUCAGCAUCUACAGGGGUUUAAAAAAAAAAAAAAAAAGUCAAGUCAAGGCAAGGUUGAAACAGCCCUGGUGGCGGAGGACCAAACAGAUCUCUACCAGCGGCUUGCAGUGUUCCUCGAUCCAGUUGAUAACGCUGGCUGAGAGCUCCUGGAAGCUGUUGACUGAGACGGAGUUGCUGAAGGAGUCGAAGAGGGAGUCCAUGAUGCUCUGAAAGAUGUUGAACUUCAUCUGGUCCGACACCUGGUUGUCCCCUUGUGGGUGGUUCUGGUGGGCCUUCACGAUCUGCUCAUAGUUCCUGUUAAAGAGAAGACAUCAGCGCUGGACCUGCAUGCUGACUUUCAACACGGCAGAGGAAGAGGAGGAUCAGUGUCACGUUUUCAUGAUCUUCAGCGCAGUCACUUCUUUCCUCAGGCGGGAAACCUCCUCCUCCUGCUUCCUCUUCUCUUUGUGAAGAAAAUUGAUGUACUCGAUGGCUGCAGACAUUUAACAAAAACACCUAAAGCAGGCUUCACUACACAUCUUAAAACAAAGCCUGAUGCUGUCAACAACCUGUCAGCUACAGACGGGGGAGCUGUUAAGUCGCAUUAUUUUGUUUUCCUUCAGCGAAUACACUAACCUAAUAUUAUGUUGCUUUUAAACUGAGUGUAAUGUUAGCACUGUAGCAUCACAUAGCAUUUUUUUAUUGUCAAUUAUACAGUGCUAGCUUGGCAUACAAGUGUCCAAAGUGUUUUUUUUUAGAUGCGAGUCGUCUCUCAGCUAAUUUUUUUCUUUGAACUGCAAGCUAAAAUCUGGGUUACGAGCUGCUAGUUACUGGCAGGCAUAGCCAAAGACAGCUAUAUGGGGGCUUUUGUCAAUGUGACCAUGACUGAAGACGAGAAUGAAUGUAAAUAGCAUUAGCAGUGCACUAGCUAGUCACCGAGUAAUAUUUUCAACGCAUAAUUAAAAACAUACGUACAUUAUAGCGGUCUAAUUUAUCAAUUAAUAAGACAGUAACAACAUCAAAUUAAAAGCACUAAACGAAUACAGAGCCACCAUCCACCAGUACGAACCUAGAGUUUGUUUUCCCUGAGAGGUGCACUGCACAAAUAUGCACAUUCGCACUCAAUAAGGUCACCAAAUCUUACCUUUAUGCAGUUCCAACAUAGUAUCAGCAUUUGGGACCAAAUAUGAGGUGAAAGAAAAACAGGAAAUAUACAGUAUAGUAGCACGGGAGAAAGUUAGAUGGUGCGUUCAAGGACCGUCAAAGUGGGACAGGUGCAAAAACUGGAUGACUUUUUGGAAUAAAGUAAUGGCCCAUAUUUCCAAAAUGUGUAUCAAUUUAAAUGUAAUUUGAUGUAGUUAUUUACAAAUGAAGUAUUUUUUAAAGUGUUUUUUUCCCAGUGGUUGGGGACCCUUGCCUCACAGAAUGCUUGUGGAUUUAUAGAAUUGGCUUCUUUAUUUUAUAAUGUAAGAUUAUUGUCUACAUCAACAAAUAUAAUCGUUGAAGCGUACUGAAUCGUUUGUACACUAUCGAAUCGUUCUCUUUUUAAAAUAUAAUCAUAUCGUAACCCGUGUAUCUAGAUGCGUCUCGAAUCAUCUACCACAAAGCUUUACAUCCCUACAAUGUUUGAUAUGUUCAGCCA